AUGUUCGCUCUUUCCAAGGUUUUAAGGAGAAGCCAGAGUCUCCGACUAGGAGCUUGCAAUGCUGUGUGCUACUCUAAGCUUGAGAUACCAUUGGGAGAAAGGAAUGGUUGUAUUCAAUCAAACGCGUUGAUACAUGGUAAAACCGAAGCUUUACCUAGAUUUUACGAGCUCUCUUGGAGUUCUUCUACCGGAAGACGUUCGCUUUCCUCUGACGCUGGCGCUAAAAGUGCCGGAGAGGAAGAUGACAUCGAAAGCCUUGGAACUCCAAACGAGACUAGUGGUGAUAGUGAAGAUGACGGGCUUCAGUCUGAGGAGGAGCUAUCUGUUGACGACGGUGACAUUGAAGGAGCGGAACUGGAACUACACCCUGAGGCUGGUAAAUUAGUGGCGAGCAAGAGAUCAUCGGAGCUGUUUAAUGCCAUUCUUUCUGUCUCAGGUCUGUCUGUAGCGAGUGCACUUGACAAAUGGGUUGAAGAAGGAAAGGAGAUCAACCGCACAGAGAUUGCAAAUGCCAUGCUUCAACUCCGUAGGCGUCGGAUGUAUGGGAGAGCAUUGCAGAUGUCAGAAUGGUUGGAAGAAAACAAACACUUUGAAUUGGACGAGAGAGAUUAUGCUUCUCGGCUUGAUCUGAUUGCCAAGAUACGUGGCCUGCACAAGGGAGAAGUUUACAUCGAAAAGAUCCCGGAAUCUUUCAGAGGAGAAUUGGUCUACCGUACUCUCCUGUCGAACUGUGCGGCAACAAGCAAUGUGAUGAAAGCAGAAGCGGUUUUCAACAAGAUGAAGGACUUGGGGUUCCCUCGGACAUCAUAUGCUUGUGAUCAGAUGCUUACACUUUACAAGAGAGUCGACAAGAAGAAAAUCGCUGAUGUGUUGUUGCUGAUGGAGAAGGAGAAUCUGAAGCCGAGUCUUUACACAUACAAAAUCCUGAUCGACACCAAAGGAUCAGUAAAAGACAUAGCUGGGAUGGAACAGAUAUUGGAGACGAUGAAAAGCGAAGGUGUUGAGCUUGACCUUCGUGCACAGUCUAUCAUUGCAAGACACUAUGCAUCAGCUGGGCUUAAAGAGAAAGCUGAGAAAGUGCUGAAAGAGAUGGAAGGUGAGAGCUUGGAGGCAAAUCGGCAUGCGUGCAAGGAUUUGAUUUCCAUCUACGGCUCUCUCCAGAGGGAAGAUGAGGUGACGAGGAUUUGGAAGAUCUGUGAAGAAAAGCCUUUUUAUAACGAGUCCAUUGCUGCAAUCCUGGCUUUCGGAAAGAUUAAUAAAGUCAAAGAAGCAGAGGAGGCUUUUGAGAAGUCGGUGAAGAUGGGCCAUAGAGUUUCUUCUAGCAUGUACUCCGUUCUCUUGAGGGUUUACGUGGAUCACAAGAUGGUCUCAGAGGGUAAGGAUCUUGUUAAGCGGAUGUUGGACAGCGGGUGCAAUAUCGGGGCCUUGUCAUGGGAUGCACUGAUCAAGCUCUACGUGGAAGCAGGGGAAGUAGAAAAGGCUGAUUCUUCACUGAGCAAUGCAACAAAGUUGAAACAGAUAAAGCCGUUGAUGAGCUCCUUCAUGUACGUGAUGGACGAGUACGCAAGUAAAGGUGAUGUUCACAGCACAGAGAAGAUCUUCCAGAGGAUGAGGCAAGCUGGGUAUCACUCUCGCUUCAAACAGUUCCAGACACUUAUAGAGGCUUAUGUCAAUGCCAAAGCUCCAGCUUAUGGAAUGAAGGACAGAAUGAAAGCUGAUAACGUCUUCCCCAACAAGGCAUUGGCUGCUCAGCUCGCUAAAGCCGAUCCCUUCAAGAAGACGCCUCUCUCAGAUAUCCUGGAUUGA